UUCAUGUCAGAGAUCUGCACCGAACUUAAGAACCUUCGUUCUUUAGUGCGAGUAUGUGAAAUCCAGGCCACAUUAAGAGAGCAAAGGAUUCUGUUUUUGAGACAGCAGAUCAAAGAACUUGACAAACUGAAAAAUCAGAAUUCCUUCAUGGUUUGAGAGGUGGCUGUGGAGCUCAUGGCAGUCUCUCUCCAAACAUGUCCAGCCCCGGUUGUUUGGACCCAAGCUCUCAGCCCAAGCUCUCAGAUUCGCAGUCAAACUGUAGGCUGCAAUGCCUGAAACGGGACAGAGAGAAAGGAACCUUACAAAAUGCUUAUCAAGGCAACACAAGGCCCUGAGAUGAUAGAUUAUUUUCACUGUAUUUUGACAUUCAUUGCUUCUCUAUUUUCAGAUCCACGGGUGAUUAUAGACAUAUUUAGAGAGUGCUUUCCAACUCAGACUAACCUUUGAGGAAUCAUGCAGUCGAUCUGGUUAUUUAUGUGCUGGUUUUUCAGGGUUAUACCCAUGUCAACAGAUUAUAAACUUUACUGUCACACUGGAGACCUAAUAUCCCCUUGUUCUCCAGUGACUGACCGAUUAUGAAUGAUGUCAGAAGGGCUAUCUGUGCACAAGGAUGCUUCCAGCUGCGCAGGCAUCUAUCAAAGUGACCAACUAAAAUAAACCCAAUAUACUUAGUGCUCAUUUUCAAAAGUUAGGCAUGACUGACUGAUUCUCUGCCUCUCAGAAGGAUUACAUAGGACACAAAAGUGAUCUUCUUUAAUUCACAGCAGAAAAAUAAAUGGGUGCUAAAGAUUUAUGAAUUGGUAACGUGGCACUUAAAAGCUUUUGCCGAAGUGAUAAACGCACAUUUUCUGAGUUUCUGACCCUGAUGGGGUUGUCACUAUCUGCCUUCGAUGCUCCUUGAUCUUUGCAGUGCUGUUACACAUCUAACAGAGAUUAUUUUUCAUGCUGCACCCCAGCAAUGUUUGACUCUUUUUGUAUUAAUUUUGUUUUAAUUUGUUUGUAUUUGCUCAGUUGUUCUUAACUCAACGAAUUAAGUCAUUCCCAUAUUGCCCGAGUUAGGAGGAUAUAUUUUAUACAUGAGCUGUGGUUGCACAUUAAAAAUGCAUCCUUCAUGGACAAAAGAGGACCACAAGGACUGUCCAAACUGACCUACUGGGGGAAGAGUAAGGGGAAGUACAGGAUCAGAUCACAUUUUUUUCCUCAUCUAUUACGUAAAAUAUCAAACAGUCUAUAGAAGAAACUGUAAGCAUUUAGUCAACUUGUCAGUUUGUAUUUUACAAGGAUGUAAAAAAAAAAGAGGCAAAACUGGUGAUUCCUCUUUGAUGUUUGCGAUGUCAUUCAUAGUUUUGCUCCAUUGUUCUUUCUGUCUUCACUGCCCUCUGAUGCAGGGUUUGAACUUAGACCAAUUUUAACUCUAUAGGCUGUAAAUGGAGUUCACUUUCAGAAUAGAGAUGGGUAUGUUGCUUUGUAUAUGGUUUCUAAAACUAAAGGAAAUAAACAGUUACCACAUAACAUUUUGGUACAUAUUGGCUUUUUUGCAUUGGUUGGUUUAAGGUUGUUUGCAUGCGGCGAUGAACUAAAGGAAUGCAAACAAAUGCUAAAGAGUUAGUCCAUGUUCGCCCUCCUGUGGAACGGUUGCAUUUGGAAUCUGACAGUUACAGUGUUUUGAGUUAUCGGUUCAGAAUCCAGCAUUGAUAACCUUGUAAAAUAUAUUAAGAUGCAUUAAAUAUAGAGUUGUGGUUAUAAGUUUAUAUACUGUACUUGCAGAAUCUGCAAAAUGUUAAUUUUAACAAAAGGUUAAAAAAAUUGCUUUUCUUUAGUACUGCAUUGAACAAGCUGUUUCACACAACAGAUAGGCCUACUUCACAAAUACUUGCAAAUACUUCAGAAGACAAAAAUAAGAGCAGAAUUUAAAUAUAUAAAAUAAUAUUUAGGUGGGCUUGAUUCUUCAUGUGGUGUUGUUUUUAUGUUUUGUGAUAAUUGUUCAAUGGUCUAUACUGCUCACUGUUCUCAAGGAAAAUUAUCCAGGUACUAGUAUUGCAAGACCAUCUGCUUACUCUUCCAAAAGUGACUUCAUGAUUUUGAGAUUCAUACUGUAUUUUCAUGGUGAAGACAAUUGAGGUGCAAACGUUUACUGAUGCUUAAGUAACAUAAGAUGCAACGAGAUUCUUGAAAUGGAUAACUGCGGUAAAUUCUAUACUUUAUCUUCUUGGAAAACUAAAUAAAGCUUAAUGAAUAUAUUUAUACAUGUAUAGCCUAUAUUUGUAUAUAUCCUAAUACUGGUUUGAAGUAAUUUAUGAAUUUAAACGUGUGUGUCUAUUUAAUUGUAAUAGGGUUAAAGCAAAUCGCUGUGACAGAAACAGUGGGGGUUUUUUUUCCUUUUUUCUUUUUAAGAUAUAGAGAAAAUAAGAAUUCGACUAUUGGCAAUUGGUAUUUUUACACACAGGGGUCACUGAGUCAAGCCAUGCUUUCCCUACAGAACGAGGGUUAAGCUGUAUUAGCUGUGCAUGGGCACACGGGGAGGCAACAGUCACAGCUCACGCUUGUUAAUGAACAGCCCCAGCGGCUCGAUGACUCUUACAGGAGGAGCUGCUCUCAUUCUCAAGUCUUCAACAUUUAAGUGCACUCAAGCGGAGUAUAUACAGGAGAUUAUCCUUUUGAACAGUUGUGGAGUUUAAAUAUUUCGCAUCCGAAUUAAAACAAAAAUGGAUUAUAUCUAACAUGUCUUUUUAAACUUUAUUCAAACAACUGCACGUCGGCUUUUCUGCGCACAGAUGAUUUUAUCUGGAAAUCUUGAAGAGCAGCGAGGAAUGAACAACGAUGGGAUAAUUUCUAUCCAAAAAUGUUAUGAAAAGUUUUGAACGAAGCAAGUUGGAAUACACUGUGGACAGUAAUACGGUGUUUCUGGCUAUAACGUCCGUAUCGAUGCGAAUCUGAAAGGCAAAGAAAGUGUUUUGUCCAAUGCAGCGGAACAGCAGUCCCGUUUCCAUUUGGCUUCAGCUCGAGCUCUGCGCAAUGGCUGUUCUCCUCACUAAAGGAGAAAUACGGUGUUACUGUGAUGCCCCCCACUGCGUGGCCACUGGUUAUAUGUGCAAAUCGGAGCUGAAUGCCUGCUUCACCCGCACCUUAGACCAUCAAAGCACCAAGUCUCCUUUAUCUCACGGGUGUUUUGACCCUCUGUUGAAUUCUAGAAAAACUUCCCAUCCAGAGUAUGAUACCAUUCAUGGAUCUGCCACACUUCAAUGUUGCCAUGAGGAUAUGUGCAAUUACAGAGGCCUGCAAGAUGUCACAUACAGAGGAAGUGAAAUUCAUGACAAACGACGACAGCAAACUGAAGUCAGCCGUCACGUGAUUGCGCGACUACAGGAAAUCCCUUCCUCCAAGGAGGUAUGGUUCCGUGCUGUGGUCAUCACCGUACCAAUUGCUGGUGGCCUUGUUUUGGUUUUCCUCAUCAUGCUUGCCCUGCGUAUGCUUCACAGCGAAAACCGCAGACUGCGACAACAACGGCGAGAAAUGCUGUCUCGCCUUCAUUACAGCUUUCAUGGCCAACACCUCACCAAGGGUCAUUUGGCCAAACUGGACUUAGAGUGUAUGGUUCCAGUAGGAGGGCAUGAGAACUGCUGCCUGACCUGCGACAAGAUUCAGCAGUCCAAUCAUAGCAGCCAAAAACAUUUUUCAUUAGUCAGCUGGGGAAAGUACAGCGGCCGAGGCAAGCUGGAGUUUGUGUGAUGGGUUUAGAAUUUGCUUUCCUCAGUGGGACUUUCAACCCUUAUAAAGGAGGUACUGCAAACAAGAACUCAAAAGAGAACACUUGAAAGCUCUAACCAUAUGGUUGUUGCUCUAGAAGCACUUUACUUGAAUUAGAGACAUGAGGAGAAGACUGCUUGUAUUAUAGGAUGGACAAAGAGUGGCUACGUGCUGGUAUUCUUUAUCACCGAAGGAUUCCAAAAAAAAAUAUUUUGGUUUUAUCAUUUGCACUUUUUGUAUAAAGAAACGAUUGUUGGAGUGGUGGAGAAUGACCAGUGUGUCAACACUCAGAAAAAUGUGUAAAAAUUGUAGGGGUACAACAUCUUGUCACUGGGACAGAACCCUUAAAGGAAAUCCCUGUACCUUAUUUACCCCUAAUAGUUUCAUAGAGGUAACCUAAGGGUGCAUAUUACUACUAAUAUAUAAUUUUUUAUGGGUAGAUAAGGUCCUGGUGACAUGCUGUUGUAUCAGUAAGGUACAAUUUUUGCAAUUUAUUUAUUAUUUUUUUUUUUUUUACAGUGAAUGAUGACCGCUGAUGUGUGAAUAUGUGACGUCUCACUGUUAGAGGGACAAUUCAUUCGAAAAUGAAAAUUCUGUCAUUAUUUACCCACUCUCAUGGUGUCCCAAACUCAAUUGAAUGAGGUUUCACCUGUUUUUGUCCAUAUAGUGGAAGUAAAUGUGGUUCAAAAAGUUCAGUCUCCAAAAUGGACAUAAAGGUAGUGUAAAAUUGUAAUCCAUCCAUUCAAGUAAUUCAUAUCCAUAAAUCCAGUACUUUAAUUCAAGUCUUCUGAAGCAAUAUAAUCACUUUGUACAAUGAACAAGCAAAAAAUCUCAAAUCAUUGAUAAACUUAUGUAUACACAGCCCAUGUUAAUAAAAUUAAACCUCACUGGCGUGUGUGCCACGACAAGGAGGAUAAAAGUUUUGGACUUUCACUGUAUGGACAAAAACUUAAAACUGAAAGUUAAAUUUACUUGUGUUCCACAUAUGAAAGAAAAUAAUAGAUUGGAAUGUCAUGAGGGUGAGUACAUGAGCACUGAAUUUGAACCUUUUUGAGGAACUAUCCCUUUAACAUUCACCAGUCACCUCUGACCUGCUUGUUGACUGUGCUCACUGUACAGAUGUUUCACUGUAAAUAUUACAUUCAAAAAGGAAUCAGUUUUGGUCAUUUAUUGUCUCUGGUUCAAUGAGAUUGCAUUGGGUGGGUGAAGCUGAAAAGCACUAAAAGUACUCAGUGUUGUGUACAAUAUUGACAAGCUCACUAUACCUGGAGGGAGAAGUCUUGGCUAAUGUUUCAGUAUGUCAACACAUGCACAGUUGCAAAUGGUCGACUGAGGGAUUGGAAUCAUUAGCUGCUGCAUAAGGGCAUGGUAGUGUAGUGUGGUAGCUUUUACAAUCAUGUCUUGUUUUACAGUAGCGCUACACGUCUGACUGACUCAUUCCCCAGGCCACAAUCGCUCAGCCUCAAACUCUUUCACUAUGUUUCUUUUAAAAGAAUUCACAUCCUCGCUGUAAACUUACUCUCUCACACUACUUAUCGUUAAUUCCAUUGGACUGAAUGUGCAUUUGGCAUUGGUUACCAGUGUAAAUUGCACUGGUUUCCAGUGUAAAUUAGAUUUUAUGUUUGUCUCUUUGGCUCCUUUAUUUAGUAGGUAGUGCAGUGGGUCCUAAAACCCUUCUACAAAUAAUCCCUCGUGACAGCACAGCAUGUCUUUUUUACCUAUGUUUUAUUUUUGCAUAGGAAAUAGGAAAUGCAGUCAAUGCACUUAACAUUUACUGUCAUUUUGCAUUUGAAUUCUUUUUGAGAUCCCAAGUCUUAACAGUGCCUUUUAUAAGCUUCCUCAAAAAUGUGUCCCUGUUCCCUUUCCAAGUCAUCAUGGCACUGCACACUUGGCCUCUGGCUCAAAAAGUUAACAGUCAUUGUUGGCCCUAGAGGAGAAUGCAAGCUUUAUUGCAGUGAAUGGGAUUAAAGGCAUGU